AUGGGCGCUCGUGGUCCACUCUCGACCCAUGUGAAUCUCCAUCAAGCUAUCAUGUGGAUCCAAGAUCUGAUAACUUUGCUGAGGUCACUAGAUUGUCACAGGCUCCACUGCCGCUUGCUUCAGUUACGGAUGGGAGUUUGGAAAAGAAGAAAAGGGGUAGACCCAGAAGGUAAAUUGAUUGCUUGUACCUCUGGUGGAAGUUACACACCUCACACAAUUACCGUUAAUGCUGGCGAGGAUGUCACAAGGAAAAUUAUUGCAUUUCCCCCAGGGCCUCAGUCUGUCUCUGUAAUUUCUGCAAAUGGUGCAAUUUCAAACGUAACACUUCGGCAAUCAUCUUCUAGCGAAACUUAUACUUAUGAGGGUAUGUUCGAUAUACUUAGUUUAUCAGGAUCCUUCACACCUGCUUCAGCAUCUGAAGGAGCCAGCAUGAGGAUCACUUUGGCCCAGCCUGAUGGUAAUGUCAUUGGGGGCUUGCUCGUGGGGUUGCUAAUAGCUGCUAGUCCUUUGCAGGUGGUCAUCGCUAGUUUCCUUCCUGUCAACCACAUCGAGAAGCAUAAAAAGCCUAUGUAUGAACAUAAAGUAGUUAGAUAUGCAACUGAUCUGCCCCCAAAGAUGAAGCAAAUUGACUUGAGUCCAGUUGUUCCAAACUACUCUGAUAAUCCAAAUGGUAAACUGCCUCCUACAUACCAGACAUCAAAGUGGCCUACAAUGCCAAUGAUGCAAGAUUCAUAGAAGUCAACAGACAUCAACAAAUCUCUGCAGGAAGAGUGAUGUUGCUGUGUCUCAUUUUAAGACAAACAUUCUUGUAGAAUGUAUAUGGGCAAUACUAAUUAGUAGUAAAGGAUCAACUUAGAAGCUUCAAUGCCAAAAAUAUUAAUUCUAAUAUAUUU